UACACCAUUUGCGUCUCAUUUAUUUUUCAGGGUGAAAAAUGUGCUGCUGCCUCAGCUGCCGCAACUGGAGCUCCAACUAGAGAACUGGCUAAUGCGGCUGCAACUACAAGUUCACGUGCCUCUGCUUCUUCUUCGUUUGAUGGACCGAUGGAAAAGUGCCUCGCCAAUGCUGCAGCGUUUGCAAGAGGAGGAGUCCGAGAAAAACACGUUACUGAUGCUCUCGGGUACAUGAUCGUGCACGACGACUUGCCUCUGAGCACACCGGAGGAAGAUGGUUUCAACACGUUCGUGAAAGCACUGCAGCCACUUUAUAAGCCUCCAACCGAGCCUACCAUCACUAAGAGUCUCGAAGCGAAGUACGAGGAGCUUAGAGCACAUUUUGGUCGGAGAAUUCAAGCCGCAGAUCAUCUGAGCAUUACAGCCGAUCUUUGGACGCACGAAAACACAAUGCGGUCGUACCUUGGUCUCACGGUUCACUUCAGAGAAGGCAAGUAAUUUGUUUUUAAUUU